AUGGUGCCGUUCCUAGUUACAUUUGUAUUGCUCGCCACUGUCGGGUUUCUGAUACACAAAUAUCUGACAUGGCACUACGAUACAUUCAAGAAGUUAGGCAUAGUUGGUCCUGAGCCUAAAAUAUGGCACGGAAAUUUCUCUAGCAACCAGCAAAUAGCUUACGAUUAUGAUGAUAUCUAUAACAAAUACAGGCAAAAACAUCAGAUUGUUGGCAUGUUUGCUUACAGACAACCUCAGUUUUUAAUAAUAGAUCCGAAAUUGGCGCAUGAAGUGUUAGUUACGAAUUUCAAAAGCUUUCGGAACAACUUAGGGAAAAGAUUCCUCUACGAUAAAAAAGCGGAUCCAGUCGCCGCACUUAAUCCCUUUUUCAAUGUUGGUGAGAAAUGGAAAACAAUACGGUCCGACAUAAUGAGUGGUCUAACUCACCACAAGCUCUUCUCAGCAUAUACGAUAUGGAAGACUUGCACUGAAAAGCUUGGAAAACUCUUAAGCGCACAGACAGCAAAAGGCAGCUCUAUAAUCGAAACCAAGGAUCUUGUAUUACGCUAUACAUCCAAUAUAAUGGGUGAGUUCCUCUGGGGCAUUGAAACGAAAACGCUUGAAAAUCUCGAUGAGCCAAAUCAUUAUCUGGAAGUCUCGCAUAGGCUAAUUCACCAAGUGUUUCACGGUUUUAUGAGCUACUACAAAUGCUUACCCUUCCCUUGGUGCCGACGUUUCGCUAACUAUCGAAUCUUCACUGCCGAAAGUGACCAGAUGUUUUCACAGUUCACAAAAGAUGCAUACGUGUUGCGUGAGAGAGAUGCGAGCAAAGCGAAUCAAGCUGAUUUUUUGCACUACGUGCGCCAGUUGCAGGAAAAGAACAGCCUUUCCCAUUAUGAAGUGGUAGGCUAUCUGUUGGCCGUUUUCACCGAUGGUUUCGACACAUCAGGAACGGUUGCUUUUCACACGCUCUUCUACUUGACACAUCAUCCGGAGUAUCAAGAAAAACUACGUAAAGAAAUUCUAAGCAAUCUCGAAGCCGACGGCAAUAUUAAUUUUCACACUUUGAAUGUGCUACCAUAUUUGGAUCAAUGUGUGCACGAAACCUUACGUAUGAUAAGUCCAAUUACGUUUAAGUCGCGUCUCUGCACAGAAUCCACCGAGAUAGUAUUGGACGAUGGACGUCGCAUACCCAUCAAGAAGGGUCAAGUAGUAACCAUUCCCGUGUUCAGUUAUUUACAUGACGCCGAGUACUUUGAAGAUCCUUUGGAAUUCAGACCGGAGCGUUUCGAAAAUGUUGAUAUUUCGGAGCUAACGAAGAGGGGUAUCUUUCUCCCGUUUAGCGAUGGACCACGAAUGUGCUUGGGUCGCCAUUUGGGUUUUCUGCAAAUAAAAACAGCUAUUGUCGAAGUACUCAAGAAUUAUCGGUUGAAAGUCUGCGACAAAACUCCGCCGAUAGCGAAGCUCGACUCAUAUGCGCUUAUUAACGGAGUGGAUGGCGAUUUAUUUAUCGAAUAUGAGAGGUUAUAAGCAGUGAAAGUUUCUUAUUAUUAGUAUUUUGAAAGUAAUAUCGAGGCUAAUGUUUCUCUCUAAGCUCUGCGAAUAUGUAUAUCUGAUAUAUGGAAUGAGUAUUUCGAUUUGUAAAGUUAUGCUAGUUUACAAAUAGUUCUUAAAUAUCGAAAAAGUAUGAACCAAUGUAAAAUUGUUAAAAUAUAUGAGUAUUAUAGUUUCAACAUCGCCAGCUCCAUAUAAUAGGUAAUAAUGGGUCAAGUAAUAAUUUAAGCUCUUAGUAAACGAAGUGGUUUUAAGCUGAUCUUUAGUAUUAUUAUUAUAUUU